UUAAUUGGAUUUUUUAAAAUUAUAUUUAGACAAUUUGGACCGUAAUAUGCCAGUGUGUUGCAUACGAAAUUGUAAAACGCGGACUGGCCGUGCUGAAGAAAGUAGUAAAGUUUACUAUUUUCCUAAAGAGCCUAACUUGAGAAAGAAGUGGCUUGAGGCCUGCAAACGCAAAGAAGAAGAGCUGAAACAAACAUACAGUGUAGUAUGUGAACGACAUUUUCUAGCUGACUGCAUAGAGGAAAAAUGGACAGAACAACGUUUGAAAAAUCAAUCACGAGUGAUUCGACGGUUGAAGAAAGAUGCAGUACCAACAGAAUAUCUGAAUAUCGAAACAGAAAGGAAACAAAGAAUUAAUAGAGGAUAA